AAAUGCGUUUAAUGCCCUGCCAAACAUGCUGUAAGAGUUUUCGAAAAAGAAUUGGCGGGGAGGAAACUACCAUUCAGGACCGUUAUCUGUACAAAUAUAUGAAACUGAUGACAAAGUGAAAACCAGUAGCGCUAAGGCUUCCACGUAUUUGCUUGCUUAACCAGUAGAUCUUUGCCCACAAAAAAAAAAAUCAAAUGCCUCUUUUUUACCAUUCUUCUCCUUCAAACUGCAUUCUCCAUUUUUCAGGUGACCGCUGCCCUAAUUUCCAACCAACAUUCCAGCAAAAAUGCCGCUUCCCGAUUCACAAAUGGCCCAAGGCAAUAAUCAGAGCUCUUCUUUGGUGGCUUCUCUCCCUCUCUCUACAAAGAGCAAAGUUGAGGAAAGUGAUGAGGAUAUCUUCACCGUUCCUGACAUGGAAGCUCCUGCAAAUGAGUCUGGUGUUGCAAAGGUAGAAGUCCAACAAAACAAGAUUAGUCAGCGCAAAAGGAGCCGUAACCCUGCUGAUAGAGAGUACAGAAGAUUAAAGAGUAGGUUGCUGAGAAAUAGGGUCUCUGCACAACAAGCACGGGAGAGAAAGAAAGUUUACAUGACCGAGCUAGAAUCCAAAGCCAUUGAAUUGCAGGAUAUGAAUGCCAAACUGGAGGAGAAAAUAUCGACCUUGAUCAAUGAGAACACUAUGCUAAGGAAGGUAAUCAUGAACACAAGGCCUAAGGUAGAUGAAAAUGUGGAGCCUCUGAAGAACCAAGCUGGACAUAGCUAAUAAUCAUACUUCAAUUGAUUGUAAUCUUCCAUAGUUUUGUUAUGUACAAAAUCAGUGCUAAAAUUUCAUCAUAGAAGUGUAUCUAGGGGGAAUCUUCUAUUUCAGUUGUUAGGAUUCCCAUGUGCAAAGCCCAUGGGUUUUAAGAUAUAGUUGUAGAAGGCUUAAAAUAGCUCUACAUGUACAAUGAUGCAAAGUUGCAAAUAAAGUAAAGGAACAGCUGUAGGGAGAUCCAAUCUUGUUAUUAA